GGGAGGCAGAAGCAGCCGGAGUUCUGAGUUCGAGGCCAGGGCAGCCGGGGCCGCACGGAGAAGCCCCGUCUCCAAGCCGGAGCUCAGGCCCGAUGCGCCGCAGUGCCCACGACGGCCCACCCCCCCGCUUGUGAGGCCUGGCCUUCCCCUCCGAGUCGGUGACACUCCGGGGGAGCCCGCGGCCCGGGAGGGGCGGGGCUCGGACGCGUCGAGCUGCGCCUGCGCCGUGGGGGCGUGGCGUCGCACCUGCGCGAGUUGGGCGGAGGGGGAGGAGCGAGGUGACGCAGGCGUAAUAACAGAGAAGGUGCCAGAAGGAUCCCAAACAAGUGGCUGCGGCCGUCGCCCCGCGGUCGCCGGACGCUGGCAUCUGGCCCUGGUUCUGAGCUUGUUCCGCACCCCUCCCCUGGGAAUGGCGCUGUCCGGGCCGACCCCGGCCCCGAGCUGGGAGGAGGAGGAGUGUUUGGAUUACUACGGCAUGCUGUCGCUUCACCGUAUGUUCGAGGUGGUGGGCGGGCAGCUGACCGAGUGUGAACUGGAGCUCCUGGCCUUCCUGCUGGAUGAGGCUCCCGGCGCCCCCGGCGGCCUGGCCCGAGCCCGCAGCGGCCUGGAGCUGCUUCUGGAGCUGGAACGCCGUGGGCAGUGCGACGAGAGCAACCUGCGGCUGCUGAGCCAACUCCUGCGCGUGCUGGCCCGCCACGACCUGCUGCCACACCUGGCGUGUAAUCGGCGCCGGCCAGUGUCCCCUGAGCGCUACAGCUGCGGCAGUUCCAGCUCGUCCUCCAGCAGGACCGAGGACGGUUGCCAGCGCCGGCGAUGGGAUGCAGCCUCCCCUCCAAGCAAGAGGCAGCGUCGGAGUCGCGGCCGCCCCAGCGGUGGUGCCCGGCGGCGCAGGAGAGCGGGCCCAGCGGCCUUGCGGCAGCCUCAGCAGCAGCAACAGGAGCCAGGCAGGCCCUCAGAAGGCAAAGUGACCUGUGACAUCCGGCUCCGGGUCCGGGCAGAGUACUGCGAGCACGGGCCGGCCUUGGAGCAGGGCGUGGCGUCCAGGAGGCCUCAGGCACUGGCCCGACAGCUGGAUGUGUUUGGACAGGCCACCGCUGUGCUGCGCUCGAGGGACCUGGGCUCUGUGGUGUGCGACAUCAAAUUCUCGGAGCUCUCCUACCUGGACGCCUUCUGGGGUGACUAUCUGAGCGGCGCUCUGCUGCAGGCCCUUCGGGGUGUCUUCCUGACUGAGGCCCUGCGUGAGGCUGUGGGCCGGGAGGCCGUCCGCCUGCUGGUCAGCGUGGACGAGGCAGACUAUGAGGCCGGCCGCCGCCGCCUGCUGCUCAUGGAGGAAGAAGGCACCCGGCGUGGGGCAGCGACCUCCUGAUCCUGGGGCUGCAGGACUGACCCCACCUCGGAGCCCAGACUGGCUUUCAGCAGCUCUGAGGGCUGCGUCAGGACUGCAGGUUCCUUGACAGCCUCUGCUGCAGGGUAUGGGUGUUGAGACGAGAGCCACGGCCGGGCGCUGCUUCUCAGCCCUGCUCCAGGGAGGGCUCCCUCCGCCCUGGGGCCGGGUUUGCAGAGCCUCCAAGCGGCUCUAGCCCGGGCUUUUGCUGGCCCCACACACCUUCGCCUCGGGCUACUCUCUCAGGGUCUGAUUUACUGUCCAUCGAUGUGCUUCGACCACAGCGGGGGGCUCUGGAGCUGGGGUGCCCUUGGGCCUUGCCACCUUGCCCAGCCCUCCACAGUGCACACAACAUCUGGCUGUCCUCACCUCCCCCUGCUCCCUGACCUAGGUGCAGGCUUGCCACUGGACUCUAAGUCGAGCAUCAUGUCAGUUCAAAGUCAGAUGUGUGCAGAGCUAGGACCAGAGCCAGCCGCUUUCUCGGGAAGAGAAGGUGAGGACUUAGGUUGAUGCAAAGAUGUUUCACAAACUGCGCCAAUAAAACUGCCUGGAAAGGGCACAGGUGGCCA